AUGCCUCCUAAGAAGUUCCAAAAUUUGGACCAGUUUUUGGAUGAACAACCAAAGGAUCCUAACGUUGUUGCAUCCCCAUUCGGCGGUGUCUUCAAGUCAAAUAAUACGAAUAACUACCAACAAAAGCGGACAGUGCAUAAAUCCAACACUAACCGUAAUUAUAAUCAAACGUAUCCGCAACAAGGUGGUUACCAAAAUUAUCAACAACAAGGUGGGUACCAAAAUUAUCAACAACAAGGUGGUUAUCAAAAUUACCAACAACAAGGUGGGUACCAAAAUUACCAACAAGCUGGUUACCAAAAUUACCAACAACCACAAGGUGGGUAUCAAAAUUACCAACAACAACAAGGUGGUUACUCUAAUUAUAAGCAAUCUACCGUUACUCCUACCCAAAGUGGUACCCCAACUCCAUCUGCUUCCACUACUUCUUUAACUUCUUUAAAUGCAAAAUUAGCUAAUUUAGAGUUAUCUCCAAUUUCUACAAUCUUAUCCAAGAUUACCGAAUGUACCACGAUCACGGAGUGCAAAAGUCAAAUUAAAUUAGCUAUCGAACAAUUCGAAAAUGCAAAUUCAAACAAUACUGCUGGUCAAAAAAUUGUUGAAUGGAAUAUCACAGAUAUAUUAUCGAAAUUCUCCAAACCAAAGAACCCACAAUUAGUUAGAGAAUCUUCCAUGUUAUUAAUUUCGAACUUGGCUCAAUUCUUUACCAACAAAUCUCCUCAAGAAGCUCAUCUUAUUCCAUUAUUCCAAUACGCAUUGGAUGCUAUGGCCGAAAAGGAAACCACCGUAAAGCGUGCUGCUCAACAUGCCGUUGACGCGUUAUUGUCAGCUUUCCCAGCCGAAUCAUUGACUAGUUACGUCUUACCAUCAAUCUUAUCUUAUCUAGCAUCCGGUGCCAAAUGGCAAUCAAAAUUAGCCGCUUUAACAAUCGUAGAUAGAAUAAGAGAAGAUUCUCCAAACGAUUUAUUAGAAUUAACAUUCAAACAAGCAGUCCCAAUCUUAACUGACGUGACCACUGAUUUCAAACCAGAAUUAGCCAAACAAGGUUAUAAGACUUUAUUAGAUUACGUAUCUAUUCUAGACAAUUUAGAUUUAUCAUCCCGAUACAAGUUAAUUAUUGACACUUUACAAGAUCCAACCAAAGUUCCACAAUCAGUCAAGGCAUUAUCUAGUGUCACUUUCGUUGCGGAAGUCACGGAACCUGCUUUAUCCUUAUUGGUCCCAAUCUUAAGUAGAUCUUUGAGUUUGUCAUCUUCAUCUCAAGAACAAUUAAGACAAACUGUUAUCGUUAUUGAAAAUUUGACUAGAUUGGUUAACAAUAGGUUUGAAAUUGAAAGUUUCAUCCCACAAUUAUUACCUGGUGUGCAAAAGGUUGUCGAUACCGCGUCUUUGCCUGAAGUUCGUGAAUUGGCUGGUAAGGCUUUGAACGUCUUAAAGGGUAAUGAGGAUUUGGGAAAUGAUGAUACUAAAUUCCCUGGUAGAUUGACUGAUGCUCAAAGUAAAGAAUUCCUAGUGGAACAUUUGAAUCAAUUGGAUGAUGAAGAAACCAAGAACAUGAUUUUAAAAGAUGAUGUUGUCUUAGAUUAUUUGACGAAGGUCUUGACCGUCCAAGCUAAUGUAAAUGAUUGGACUAAAUUGACUAAAUUACUUGUCAAUGUUCUGGGAGAAUCUAAGAAGGAUUUCAUUGAAACUGAAUUCAUUUCAAACUUAAGAGCAAUCUUCCAUCAAGAAAAGGUCGCAUAUGAUGAGGAUGAAGGUAUUGAAAUUGUCAAUACUGAUUUCUCGUUGGCUUACGGGUCAAGAAUGUUAUUGAAUAAAACUACUUUACGUUUGAUUAAAGGUCACCGUUACGGUCUUUGUGGUAGAAAUGGUGCUGGUAAAUCUACUUUGAUGAGGGCUAUCGCUAACGGUCAAUUAGAUGGGUUCCCAGAUAAAGAUACAUUACGUACUUGUUUUGUUGAACAUAAACUACAAGGUGAAGAAGGUGAUUUGGAUUUAGUGUCAUUUAUUGCAUUAGAUGAAGAAUUACAAUCCACAUCUCGUGAUGAAAUUGCUAACGCUUUAGAAUCUGUUGGAUUUGAUGAGGAAAGAAGGGCUCAAACUGUUGGUUCUUUAUCUGGUGGUUGGAAAAUGAAAUUAGAAUUGGCAAGAGCUAUGUUACAAAGAGCAGAUAUCUUAUUAUUAGAUGAACCUACUAACCAUUUAGAUGUGAGCAAUGUUAAAUGGUUAGAAGAUUACCUAUUGGAACAUACUGAUAUUACUUCUCUAAUUGUUUCCCAUGACUCUGGUUUCCUCGAUGCUGUUUGUACCGAUAUUAUUCAUUAUGAAAAUAAAAAACUAGCUUACUAUAAAGGUAACUUGGCUGCAUUUGUUGAACAUAAACCAGAAGCCAAAGCAUACUAUACUUUAUCUGAUUCUAAUGCUCAAAUGCAUUUCCCACGCCCUGGUAUCUUAACCGGUGUCAAAUCUAAUACAAGAGCUGUCGCCAAGCUUACCGAUGUCACGUUUGCCUAUCCAGGAGCUGAAAAACCAUCUUUGAGUCAUGUCUCCUGUUCUCUUUCAUUGUCUUCUCGUGUUGCUGUCUUAGGUCCAAAUGGUGCUGGUAAAUCUACUUUAAUUAAAUUAUUGACAGGUGAAUUGGUUCCACAAGAAGGUAAAGUUGAAAAACAUCCAAAUUUACGUAUUGGUUACAUUGCCCAACAUGCUUUAGAACAUGUUAACCAACAUAAGGAAAAAACCGCUAAUCAAUAUUUACAAUGGCGUUAUCAGUUCGGUGAUGACCGUGAAGUUCUAUUGAAGGAAUCCAGAAAGAUUUCGGAGGAAGAAAAGGAAAUGAUGACCAAAUUAAUUGAUGUCGAUGAUGGUAGAGGUGAAAGAGCCAUUGAAGCUAUUGUUGGUAGACAAAAAUUAAAGAAAUCUUUCCAAUACGAAGUUAAAUGGAAAUAUUGGAAACCAAAAUAUAACUCUUGGGUUCCAAGGGAGGUAUUGAUUGGUCACGGUUUUGAAAAAUUAGUUCAGAAAUUCGAUGAUCAUGAAGCUUCAAGAGAAGGUUUAGGUUACCGUGAGUUGGUCCCAUCUGUUAUUUCUAAACAUUUCGAAGAUGUCGGUUUGGACUCUGAAAUUGCUAACCAUACUCCAUUGGGUUCCUUAUCUGGUGGUCAGUUAGUUAAGGUUGUUAUUGCCGGUGCUAUGUGGAAUAAUCCUCAUUUGUUAGUUUUAGACGAACCUACCAAUUAUCUAGAUAGAGAUUCUUUAGGUGCCUUAGCUGUUGCUAUCCGUGAUUGGUCUGGUGGUGUUGUUAUGAUUUCACAUAACAAUGAAUUUGUUGGUGCCUUAUGUCCUGAACAAUGGAUUGUAGAAAAUGGACAAAUGACCCAAAAGGGUGUCAAGGAAGUUGAUCAAUCUAGAUUUGAAGAUGGUGGUAAUGCUGAUGCUGUCGGAUUGAAUCCAAAACCAACUGCUUCUGUAAUAGAUGAUGAUUCUCCAGCUAAUAUCAAGGUUAAACAAAGAAAGAAGAGAUUGACAAGGAAUGAAAAGAAGAUUCAAGCUGAACGUCGUCGUUUACGUUACAUCGAAUGGUUAUCCUCUCCAAAGGGUACACCAAAGCCUGUAGAUACUGAUGAUGAAGAAGAAGAUUAA